AUGCCAAGUUUGAAAAUAACUACCACGAGAAAACGACACAAGGAAAUGAAUGGAGAUAAAAACGAGAUUAAGCAAUUGGUCGGACACAUUUUUGUUGAUUUUAUGGAAUGGGUUACCAUCCCAGAAUAUUCAUGGAUUUUAAACGACUGGAAGAGAGCAAUGGGAUGUGAAAUGAGGAUAAGUGUAAUUGGAAUAGGUGGCACAAAAUGA